UCUACACCUGCAGCAGAAGAACAGCUUCUCUACACCACCAGCUGCAGAAGAACAGCUUCUAUACAGAAGAACAGCUCCUCUACACCACCUGCAGCAGAACAAUACCACUAGCUCCUAUACAUCACCUGCACCAGGAGAACAACAACACUAGCUUUUCUAAACUACCUGCACCAGGAGAACAGCACUACUAGCUCUUCCACACUACCUGCACCAGGUACCAACCAGAACACCAUUGCUGAUCUUCUGAGCCAACUAGUACAGCACCGCUAGCUCUAUUUCAGCACCCCAAGAACAGCAUCACUGUUACACCAGGCACCAGGAACAUAGCUGUACCAGAAGACUGGACUGCAUUAAAUCAGUGGAGUUCCCCUUGGUGGUGCUUUACUGUGCACAAGACUACUCACCCUGGCUAAUACACCGCUAGCUGGCUGCUGCCAUAUGUGCACUGCCCUAAGUGACUGCCAAAACAGUCUGUCUCUGAGCCACGUAAAAAGCUGACAGUGGCCCUAUCCCUGACUCCACAUCAAGACCAGUGAUUAUCAAGAGUCAACAGAAAGGACCACCAGUGCUUAGCAAUGGGUCGCUACACUGGCAAGACCUGCAGGCUGAUCUUCAUGUUGGUCAUCACAGCCAUCUUCUUUGUGGCAGAGUUAGUUUGUGGCUACAUAGGCAAUUCCAUUGCCUUGAUCUCUGACUCCUUUAAUAUGUUGUCAGAUUUGAUCUCUCUUUGUGUUGGGAUCACAGCCUCUCGAGUAUCUAGACGAACAAGCAGGGGACCCCAAGCUACAUAUGGGUACACCAGAGCAGAGGUGGUAGGUGCACUGUGCAAUGCUGUCUUCCUCACUGCUCUUUGCUUUACCAUCUUGGUGGAUUCUAUACUAAGACUGGCCAAAGCGGAAAAGAUUGAUGAUCCUGAGUUGGUGCUGAUAGUGGGGGCACUUGGAUUGGGAGUAAACAUCGUGGGUCUAUUGGUCUUUCAAGACUAUAGCUCCUGUAUACGCUUCCUGUGUGGCCGUAAAGAUCAACAAAAACCAGAAGAGCCUGAAGAAACCUCCAAUAGCCACCUCAAUGUCACCCCUUACCAAGCUGGAGGUAGCCAAGGAUCCGAGAGCCUGGACAACAACUUAGCAGGUGACUACAUAGAUGAUCAAGAAUCUGACCUAGAAGAAGAAAAGGCUAAGGGUGAAAAGAGCGCGGCUGCCCUCAACAUUAGAGGGGUCCUGCUCCAUGUGAUGGGUGACGCUCUGGGGUCUGUAGUUGUCGUGGUGGCAGCAGUCAUAUUUUACGUAAAACCUCUACCCAGUGAUGCGCCAUGCAACUGGCAGUGUUACAUUGAUCCCAGCCUGACAAUUGUGAUGGUGGCCAUCAUUUUAUUUUCUGCCUACCCGCUUAUCAAAGAGACAGCCACCAUUCUGCUCCAGAUGGUCCCCAAAGGCAUCAGUGUUGGAGAAAUUGGUCAAAAAGUUGCCAUGGUGGCAGGGGUGCAAAGUAUCCAUGAAAUCCACGUUUGGGAGUUAGCCAGCGGGAAGAACAUUGCAACGCUCCACGUGAAAUUUCAGACCCUUGAAGACUACACUUCAGCUAGUCGUGCCAUCCGUAAAAUCUUCCACGCACAAGGCGUCCACGCGGUCACGCUUCAAGCUGAGUUUACAAAUGAAAAGGACUUCUCUUUGGCCUGUAAUGCACCGUGCAUAUCCAAGAGAUGCAACGAGAACCUCUGCUGCAGCCAGGAGCUGAUUCCAUUUACUGAGAUGAACGGCAAAGCAUUAAAGAAAGGCAAGUCCUCUCAAGUGUGGUACAGAAGUAAUGACAUAAAUACCGAUGUUGAAGUCCCAAUUGAUCCCACCUAUGCAGAAACUCCGCAAGUGAAGGUGAUUGCCAAUGGGCUGAAUUCAGAAAAUGAGGCACUGAAUAACAAGUUUACCAAACUUUAAACUAGUGGCAUGGACACAAACCCACUGACUUAUAUUUAACUGAGGAUCAAAAGUGACUUACGGAUCCGUGGUAUGGAUCAGGUUUAUUUUUCCAUUGUCACAACCAGACAUCAGGGCCGACACCAUCAAUGGGUUAGGAUUAGAGAAUCUAGAGAAUGUGCAAAUAUAGAGAACGCACAGAUAUAUGAUAAGGUUGUUGCAGAGCUGUAUCAUGGUGGCUCAUUGUGUAAAUGAUGGAGGAUAUCCUGUAACCCGGGCAAAAUAUAAGAGCCAAGUUGUUGCCCCUAGAUAGUUAAUAGCAACUUUUUAGGGGCAAUCGUAAAACCCUUCAAGGUGACACUUUUUUAAAUACUCGAUUACUGACUUAUGAUCAAACCCUAUUAAACCAGACAUAUUGCCUGGUAGGGUUGAUCAUGCUGAGUAAAACAAUAUCUUUCUUUUCUAUAAAGGGUUAAUCAUGGACAAGAUAUAUUAAUUUUUAUAUUUAUGUAAAUUACCUAGUUGGAGCACUAGGGGGCUGGCCAUAGCGCUAGGAGCACCGCUAGCCCAACACACCCUGUGCUUUCUGUACUCCCUCCUCCCCUUUGAGUGACAGGGCUGGACAUCUCAUCUACCCCUAGUGGUUUUAAACUGCUCGGAAAGCAGCACCCAUCAGAUCUGCUGCACAGGCGCCAAGUCACUGAGCGGCCUUGGUGCGUAUACAAUGAAUCUUCUGCUGAUUUCCAAAGUCAGGAAGCAGCAUCUGAGCCGUGGUGCUGCUGCGAGAACACAGGGGUAAACGUCUCAUCUAGCCCUAUGUUCUCGCAGUAACGCCAAUGCUCUGUUCACUCAAAUUGAAGGGGGAAGUACCGAUAGAACAGGGGGCUUGCACUAGCGGUGCUUCUAGUGCUAUGUCCAGCCCCCUAGUGCUCCAACUAUGUCAUUUACAUAAAUAAAUAGAAAAUAAUAUAUCUUGGCAACUAUUAAUCCUUUAUAGAAAAGAAAUAUGUUUUUUUUUACUCAGCAGGAUCAAUCCUACCAGGCAAUUUGGCUGGUUUAAUAGGGUUGAUCAAGCUGACAGAGGCUCUUUAAUAUAGCUGGGUCCCAUGUUCAGGACCCUGACCUACUAAACUCUGUUUCUAGCUCUGUCAGUGCUUGACCUGGGCAGCCCAUUAAAUUCAGUGGUGGUGCUGCAGGGAAAUUGAACACUUGCUGCUAGGUCCUCUCCAGCUUCCUGACGAAUUGACUUCUUUAGCAGUACUAACUACUAUAAUACUGCCCCCUCUAGACAAAAAUAUAAAUUAAAAUAAUACUGCCCCCUAUGUACAUGAACAUAUCUACUAUAACACCGUUCUUAUGUAUAAGAAUAUAACUACUUUAAUACUGCCCCCUAAUGGGAGAGAAUAUAACUGCUAUAAUUCUGCCUCCUAUGAAUGAGAAUAUGGUUCUGAAGGUACAAUAGGAGAGUUUCUGUAUUUGUCCUUUAAAUUGACUGUAUAGCUUUUGAAUGUCUAUAUGUGACCUUUAACCUGAAGGAUGAAAUGAAUUAUCUCAUAGAAAGAUUUAAUUAGAAAUUUUUGUCUUUUCAUAUUUUAAUAUAAAUUUUGUCAGCGCUGCUAUGAAUUCCAAUCACUUCUCCGGUGGGACGUCCAUGGCUGUGUAUAUAAAGGACUGAUAUUCCUAACCAGUACUUAAACUGUAUAUUUCACUAUACCGGAGAUUUACAUGGAUUUGUUUACUAUGGAAAUGAUAGGUGGAAAUGAAAGGGGUCGUCUAAGUUUAGAAAACCCAUCUUUAAAUACCGUUAAUAGAAGGUGACCCAGAGU